AUUUAAUAUUCAAACAUUACCUCAUCUGAACAUAUCAAACAAAUGAUUCCAUUAUAAGUCAUAUCACUUAUUUAUAUUUUAGAACUUCAAUCAUCGCUAGUCUGCUUCUAUUUUAUUUAGAUAAUAUGAAUCCAGAAAACAAUCUCCUGUCACUCAUGUUUUUGUUGCACAUAAUCCAAGAAGAAGUCACUAAUUUGAUGGCAGAUCCAAUUCACCUACUAAAAUAUUAACUACAUCACAUAUUUAUCCAAAAAUUAUACAAUCCACAGAAAUUAAAACUAGAAUACCUACUUAAGUAAGUGUUUCCAUUCCUAAUUAGGGUUAAAGUAUCCCUAUUUAAGAAGCUCUAAAAAUUUAUUCAUCAAAACAAACUAUAGAUUCACAAUAUAAUUUAAACAAGGUCUCAUCAUUUUUUCAUGAAAAACUGAAUGAAAAAUCAAACUAUACUAAGACUACUACCGGGGAAAGCUAAGAAGAAGAAAAGUCUUCUCAACAAAGUAAUCUUUCUUCAUUUUCUUAGAACCAUCAAUCAUUUAUUAAAAACAACUACUUGAUAAAGAUUUAUAAAUCAUACAAUUACAAAAAGAAAUUAAACAAAUUAAAGAUUUGAAUGUUAUUAAUUUUAUUAUUUUUAGAAAAAGUACCAAAGUAUUGAAAAAGAAUAUGAGAAACUCUUAUAAGAAAAUCAAAAAUUGAAAUCACAAAUCCAUUAAUAAUAAGUUCAAAUUACAUAACUUACCCACUAAUAAUCUUUGAUCUCACCAGGAAGACCAUCAGAAUAUGUAAGUGCAUUAAGUGAAUAAGAUAAAUUAAAAAUAAAAACUCUACUAGAAUGUGAAUGAAAG